GCCUCUCAUAAUCAGCGCACAGCCCGAAGCAGGCAUUCAGAAAAUGCACACUGACGAACCGGGGUACCUCUGCAAACAUUUCACUAAAGAACAGGUGCAUAUUGCAUGAACCCCCCGCGUGUGGGGCCAACACACAUUCUUCACUUCCAUGGAAUGAAUGCGGAGGUUGUCCAUCGCGCGCACAGAGAAUCGGAUCUAGUCCCUCGUGGAGUACCCGAGCCCUACGUCUUCUCCUUGCACCGAGCAGAAUGCACCCUGGUUUCUGAUCGUUAAAUGUUUAGUUCAGAGAUGAUAUCCUCGCAGCAGAAUCAUGUUGUCACGACUAUUGAGACCAUACCUCCUGAAACCAUCACAGCAUCGCCGUCCAUGGUUCAAAGGAUAAGAAAACUGUUUAGCAGGGAACUUCUAGUAACUCUGGCUCUGGGCCAGGUCCUGUCUCUGCUCGUCUGUGGCAUCGGGCUGACCAGCAAGUACCUGGCUCAUGAAUACCACGCCAACACGCCCGUGUUCCAGAGCUUUCUCAACUACAUCCUGCUGUUCCUGGUCUACACCACCACGCUCGCCGUCAGGCAAGGUGAGGAGAAUCUGCUGGCAAUACUGAAGAGGCGAUGGUGGAAGUACAUGAUUCUGGGAUUGAUAGACAUCGAGGCUAACUACCUAGUUAUCAAAGCCUACCAAUACACCACACUAACCAGCGUACAGCUCUUAGACUGUUUCACCAUCCCUGUGGUGCUGCUGCUGUCCUGGUUCUUCCUGCUUGUGAGGUACAAGGCCGUGCAUUUUGUGGGCGUCGGGGUGUGUCUGCUGGGCAUCGGCUGUAUGGUGGGGGCAGAUGUCCUGGUGGGAAGACAGCAGGGCCAUGGGGACCAUAAGCUCCUGGGGGACCUGCUGGUUCUGGGAGGGGCCAUGCUCUAUGGCAUCUCUAACGUGUGUGAGGAGUUCAUCGUUAAGAACCUUAGCAGGGUGGAGUUCCUGGGCAUGAUGGGACUGUUUGGCUCUUUCUUCAGCGGCAUUCAGCUGGCCAUCAUGGAACACAAGGAGCUGUUAAAGGUGCACUGGGACUGGCAGAUUGGGUUGCUCUACAUUGGCUUCAGUGCCUGCAUGUUUGGCCUGUACAGCUUCAUGCCCGUGGUCAUCAGAAGGACCAGCGCCACGUCGGUCAAUCUCUCUCUGCUGACCGCUGACCUCUACAGCCUGUUCUGCGGCCUCUUUCUGUUCCAGUACAAGUUUUCAGGGCUCUACCUCCUUUCCUUCCUCAUCAUCGUGCUGGGUCUGGUCCUCUACACCUCCUCCUCCACCUACGUGGCACAGGACCCACGCGUCUACAAGCAUUUCCGCAACGCCGGCCACCCCAUCACGGACACGCCCACUCUGGGGCCCCUGGAACCCUCGGUGACCUAUACCAGCCUAAGGCAGGAGAUAGAGGAGGAGCCUCGCAUCAGAGUGGCCUGAGGGGGUGGGACCUAAUCAUCCACUGCCCCUCCUCCCCGGAUUCUGUACAGAGAGAAUGAUCACUGAAUGAUACAAAUAUAAUCGAAAACAUGUAGCAAACAA